GGUCACGGACUGGAAGCGCAGGAGACAGAGGAGAGUGGGGAAAAAGAAAAGUGGGCGCUUCCAGCAUGUCGCCUCCUGUUGCUGCCUCUCACUGUGGGGGCUGCUGUCGACCUUUCCGCCUGCUCACAUGAGCGCUGACAGCCUCUGCUUCGUACGCCGCGACUCGCUAUGAGCUGGCCGAAGGUUGGUGGCACUGAAGCGGCCUGACCUCUGUUUUUGAGUGCGGACGGGGGAAAACCAAAGUGGGAGGGUUUUAUGUUGGGUUUUUUUUUACGCUGUUCGGCAACUUAUUGCUGGAGGUGGUACUAGUGUAGUAGACAGUGGCGGUUUCUUCCGAAGUAGCGGCUGUCCAAGUGGGAUACAAACUGUCAAGACAGGGCGCAACAGAUGUUUUUGUAGCGGACAUGCGGGCGUCGGAGGAAUGAGAGGAGCAACGAGGCACCGGCGGCCCUUCCAGCGGUUCUGCUGCUGCGGGGUCGGGCUGCUCGCCGUCGUUUGGCUCGCUCAGGUCAUCCACGCACCAGAGACUUCUGGGUCUCGGCCUAGCGUGGAGGACAGCUCGCUGCGAUGGACGCGCAUGCUCAUGCAGAUAUCUGACAAUCAGAGUGUGGAUCAGCACCGAGCAGCUAUCCAUGAGUUUCCAGAAGACAUCUUCACCAAGGAGCAGAGGAAGAAUGGAGCUGUCUUACUGCAUGUACUCUGUGCUAUCUACAUGUUCUACGCUCUGGCCAUUGUCUGUGAUGACUACUUUGUCCCAUCGCUUGAGAAAAUAUCAGAGAAUCUACAGCUGAGUGAGGAUGUUGCCGGGGCAACCUUCAUGGCAGCGGGAAGCUCUGCUCCAGAGCUCUUCACCUCUCUCAUUGGUGUCUUUAUCACUAAAGGGGACGUGGGCGUGGGUACCAUCGUCGGCUCGGCCGUCUUCAACAUCCUGGUCAUCAUCGGCCUGAGUGGCAUCUUCGCAGGCCAGACGAUAACAUUGACGUGGUGGUCCUUAUUUCGAGACUCCUCCUACUACAUCCUGUCUGUGCUGACCCUAAUCAUGGUUAUUUAUGACGCUGUGGUCGUCUGGUGGGAAUCUCUGCUCCUCAUGACCAUGUAUGCUAUCUACAUCAUCAUCAUGAAGUUCAAUGCUCCCCUUAUGACCUUUGUGACACGUCAGUUCCGGAGCGCCAGGCCGUGUCGCGCAUCGUCAGAGGACAGCAGAGAUGACAAGAUGGUCGAAGAUGCCUCGGCCUGCCACACCUCCAUGGUGCUCCUCAACAAAGUUCAAGCUCACAACGAGGAGACCGAGACCGCUCCUGUCGUCAUGGUGGACGAACUUCUCAUCCUCAGCCCCCACAAACUCUCCUUCUCUGAGGCCGGCCUGCGCAUUAUGAUCACCCCUCACUUCUCACCUCGCACCAGGCUCUCCAUGGCCGGACGCAUGCUCAUCAGUGAGAGACAGAGGCUGAUCCGGAGUUCCGGUGUGGGGUCCAAAGGAAGCUCCACCACCAACAUUCUGAAGAGGACUGGCUCCUGUAGUUUGGAAAACGGAGGCGGGAUAAGAAACACAGACUGUGGAGACAAGCCAGGGAUGGAAGAAGACGAGGACUACGGGAUAUUCCACCCUUUCCACAUCCCAGCUGGCUGCUCCGCACGGAUCAAGUGGUUCAUCACGUGGCCUCUGGGCCUCCUGCUCUACUGCAGCGUGCCCAACUGUGUUCUACCACGCUGGCACCGCUGGUUCAUGGCCACCUUUGUGGCCUCCACACUGUGGAUCGCUGUCUUCUCCUACCUCAUGGUGUGGAUGGUCACCAUUGUGAGUUUCACCUUAGACAUCCCAGACUACAUCAUGGGCAUCACCUUCCUGGCUGCAGGGACCAGCGUGCCCGACUGCAUGGCCAGCCUCAUUGUUGCCCGACAAGGCAUGGGGGACAUGGCGGUGUCCAACUCCAUAGGCAGCAAUAUCUUUGACAUCCUGCUGGGUUUGGGUUUCCCCUGGGCUUUACGCACACUUGUGGUAGAUCACGGAUCAUCAGUGUCCAUCAAUAACAAAGGACUGGUGUAUUCUGUCGUCCUGCUGCUGGCCUCCGUGUUCCUCACAGUGACCAGCAUUUAUCUGAACCGCUGGAGGCUGGAUCGCCGCCUUGGAUUUGGCCUGUUGUUUCUCUACUCCAUCUUCCUGCUCUGCUCCAUCUUCUUUGGCCAGAUGUGAGGCUAAGGUCAGACAUGUUUUACCUACUGUCUGUCCUCUUUGCUCUAGUAAAAAAAAAAAGUUAGUGUUUGUUUUCCUAGCUGUUUGUAGUACGUACACACACAGUGACCUUCCUUUCAUUAGUUUGAUUUCUUACAGUGUUUGAUGACAUAAAGAAGGAGCAAUUUAGUUAUCCGAAUCUUCUACAUGAUCCUAAUUAAUUUAUUGGAAAAGAAACACCAGCUGUUGGUAUAAAUGUUGUUCUUAACGGUACUUUAUUCUGCUGUCAUGCUAGCUACACCAGAUUCAGCAUAUUGUCUGUUUACGUUUAUAUUUGAGUGUAAUAUUUACAGUAGCAGUUGCCUCCAUGCAGUCUGUCUGAGGCUGUGAUGUCCUACAGUAAAAAGGACACCUUGAACAUGUCAGCAUUUCUAGACUAGAACGAUUGAUAUGAAAUGCAUAUUAAUAGUAUUGGUACAUCUUUUUGUACGUUCAUUGACUUCAUCUUUAGGGGUCUUGUUAGGAUUCAAUAGAAAUAUACAAAUUUUGACUUUACGAUGUAUUUUCUACACUUUGAUGCUUUCUUGUUUGAUUCCAAGCACUUUGGUGGAACAUUUUAAUUUAGCACAAACCUUCACUGCUAUUUAUUGUACUUGUGAGCAAUAAUACUGCAUACUGCUGCUCCUUUUAUUAAUACUCAAAUAAUUCUAAACAUUGCUUGUUUUUCUAUGGAGGGAAAAAAGAUGCCAGACGUUGGUAGUGAUAUGAAAUGUUCCACCAAAGGCCAGAAUUGUUUGUAUAAAUACAAUACUUUCUACCUUUUUUUUUUAAAUGUUCAAUGACUGAUUAUAGAUUUACAAUACUGAAGCUCUGACUAGUUAGAUUUGUGAUUGUAUUCAUAUUUAAAUUAGAUUAUGUGAAUAAUUGUUCAUGCAUAUUUCUGUGUAAAAAAAUAAUAUUUUGAAUGUUUCACACACUUGUGAUUUUGUGAAAGGGAACUUCAAAGUUUUAAGAAAUAAGAUGCAGACUGUGUAAGCCACUGCAGCCAGAAUGUUUGUAUGUUCAAUGGUAAAAAUAUGUUUAUUAAAAUGUGAUGCUGGGAUAAAAUAUAUUUUAGAAUUCACAUUAAGCAUCAGAUUAUAGACUGUUAAUUCUUGAGUGCAAUAAAAAUGUUCAACAAU